AUGUUUACUGAAGAACCCAUUAUUGAUGAUAGUGAAGACGAAGAGCCUGAUGAAGCUGAGCUCAAAAGGAGGAAGGCUCAUGAAGCAGAGAUUAAUGAACAUGCUCACAUCAUUAGAGAGGCAGAGGAAAAAGAAAAAAACACACAGGAUUCACAAUUGGACUUGCCUAUCACACAAAAGGCAUUCAGGUUUCGGGCUUUUAUAAAAAUUACCAAUGUACCUUUCUCAGACAUCACUGCGGAUCAAAUGUUGUCUGCCUUCUACUUGAAGCACAUGAAGCCUCAGUACAAGACAUGGAGUGUGAGCAAGAUUAUUGUUGUAAAGGUCACUAGGCCAAUCCAGAACGAAAGCUUCCCUAAUGUGGGGUUUAACGUUGCGAGAGGUUCCUCAUCUCAAGCCUGCGAAUUCACUCUCGCAGACUUGCCUUGUUUGAAUCCCCGUGACUGGAUGGUGAUAUACAACAUUCUGGUGAGAAACAAGGAGAAGUACGAACCUGUGGUGUCCCAUCUUCAACUUUUGAUCAAAUCUUAUAUUCAAGAAGUUGGAUCGAUGGAUGUAGAGAUUGCCACUGUUGUGAGGCAAAAACCAAGUGUUGUUCGGAAAUAUGUUCCAAAAGACAUUGAGAAGCUCAAUCCAGGGAACAUUUUCAAAGAAUGUUGGUUCAUAGUGUAUGCGUCUAGAGAUCGUUAA